AUGGGUCGAAUCAGGCAGAAGAAGAAAAAGCAGCCAAUCACGCAGCCUGCAGCGAGCGCAAAGCAGCAGCGGCCGUCGUCUUUGCCCGAUUCUGCAUCCUCUCAGACCACGAGGGGGAUCAUCCGACGAUUUCAUGUUCUGAACAAGCAAAAGGCACGGCUGCAAAAGGCUACAGAGAAGACAAAGACGGCUUUACGGGCUGGAAAGUUGAAAGCUGCAGGCGGAAAGGGGGAUGUGGAAUUGGCUGAGAUUGAGGGGAGAUGGAGGCUUUGGGCCAUGUCGUCCAUCGGCCAGUCGGGUUUGAAGGGCGGCGGGUCUGAGAAGGUUCUUGUCAAGUGGCUCAAAGAGAUAUACUGGAGCAACGUAGACGCUGAGUCUGCAAAGGGUCGUGGAAAGCUCGAGUUGCUGGACGUUGGUGCGCUGAAGCAUGACAACUACAAAAAGGCCUCUUCUUUGAUCAGCGCCACCCCAAUCGACUUGCACUCUCGCCACCCGCAGAUUGUCGAACAGGAUUUCAUGCAGAUAUCACCUGGAGAGGCGGACCCACAUAACCUGUCGAGGGAGUGGGAUGUAAUAUCGCUCUCUUUAGUCCUCAAUUUUGUCCCCGACGCGCGUGAAAGAGGGCGGAUGCUCCACUUGGCCCAUAUGUUACUCAAGAAGGAUGGGCUGCUGUUCGUCGUGCUUCCUCUGCCAUGUGUGGUCAAUUCGCGGUACUUGACCAUCGAGCACUGGACGUCUUUGAUGAAGGCAGUAGGAUUCGACAGGGUAAAGGAGCAAUGGAAACCAACAGGAAAGGUUGGUUAUUGGCUCUUUCGCAAAACGCCUAGAGGGCAACGAAAGGCCGAUUAUCGCGACUUUGAGAAAAAGGCCGUCUUGCGCGAAGGCUCUGCGCGCAAUAACUUUUGUAUUCUAUUGGAUCUACAUGAUGCCUAA